UCCUCCUUCCAUCCCCUUCAACGUCUUCCCUUUGUUCUGUUUCAUCCAGAUGAGGAAUUUUACUACCAGGUUAUUUCAUCUCAGAGUCACCCUUUGCCCGUGACCUGUGGUCACGUACAGGUCGUGCGGUGUCGUGCAAAGUCUAGUCCUACUUCUCGCGGGCUUCUCGUCGUUCCGGCCGGUCAACAGGACUGCAAGUGACGUCUCAUCUCCGUGAACAAUGGAGGACACCCUGCGUAGUAGCAACCCCAAUGGAAAGAUCAUCUGUGAAAUACCAAAGAGGACGGUAAAGAGCCGUUUAUUUCCAUUAUCGCCAGCCACACGCAAGCAGGAAAAGUUUGGAUUUUCACCUAUGCGCCAGAUUUCGAGCAAGACGCCGUACAGAGAUUCGCCAAAGGUGACCGACCAUGUGAAUUAUACGGAUUAUCGCUUCGAGAGCAAGAGACUGCAUUCCUUCAGCGACUGGCUCGUGCCGUUUAUGGAACCAAAGAAAUUAGCUAAGGCUGGAUUUUUCUAUAACAAGAAGUAUAAUGGGGCGCAAUGCUUCGCGUGCUCGCUUACGUUGUACAGCUGCCCAAAGGUCGACGACCCUAUGUUGAGGCACCGACGUUGGUCCGGCAACUGCGCCUUCGUCCGUAACCUUCCUUGUGGAAACGUGCCGAUUGGCGCCGAUCCCACCACAAUCCCCAAAAUUCCAAAACGUAAGGGUGUUUGCGGCAUUAAGUACAUUCCGUGUUCCGGUCCGGACAACGAUCUACAGAAGAAAGUUACGACCAGUUUACCAGUUCCGCCCGUGGAGAACAAUAUCGAAAUGAAAAAGAUGUACACAGCCAAAUUCAACGACGUGCUGAGCCCGAAGAUACCCACGUACGCUAGCUACGAACGGAGAUUGGCCUCUUUCGCGACGUGGCCCAAAGCAGCGUGGUUCCAAGCAAAGGAGGACAUGGCAGCCGCCGGUUUCUUCUUCUACGACGAUCUGUUUGAUACGCAUUUCGAUAAAACGAUGUGUUUCUACUGCGAGGGAAUCUUAAAGGAAUGGUUACCGUCGGACGAUCCUGUUGAAGAGCACGCCAGGUGGUUACCCAGAUGCGAGUUCAUCAAAAAGUUAAUUGCGGAGAAAGACCUUCAACUGGAGGAGGAGGACGAUUCGUACUCCUCAUGCCCAGAAUCGACAGACGACGAGUUUGAUGAAGAACUGACCAGGAUGUUUCUCGUAUGCAUGUCCAAAAGGAUAAAAGCGGAUAAAGACUUUGAGAAGCAACUAAAGGAGGAGGGCGACUUGUACUCCUCGUUUUCAGAACUGAUGGACGACGAGACUCUUGAAGAGCUGGCCAUGUUGCUUCCCAAAUCCGAGUUCGUCAAAAGGAUAAUAGCGAAGAAAAACCUCAAGAAACAACUGACGGAGGAGGACGAUUCGAACUUCUCAUCCUCAGAAUCGAUAGAUGACGAGACUCAGAGUGAUACGACCAGCGAUUGUUAG